AUGUCUAAUACUUGGAGGUAUUCAGAAUCAUCAGAAUCAGAGUGUGAUGAGCCAUCUCCUCGCAGGUCUGUGCUCUGUAAGGAGAUGAAGUUCCCCAGUAGAGCAGCCAAGCCCCCCUCUCCAUCUGACUUUCUGGACAAACUGAUGGGACGCACAUCUGGUUAUGACGCCCGCAUCAGACCGAACUUCAAAGGUCCACCUGUCAACGUCACCUGUAACAUCUUCAUCAACAGCUUCGGGUCCAUCACUGAAACAACUAUGGACUACCGCCUCAAUGUAUUUCUGAGACAGCAGUGGAAUGACCCUCGACUGGCAUAUAAGGAGUAUCCAGAUGACUCUUUGGACCUGGACCCCUCCAUGUUGGACUCCAUUUGGAAACCCGACCUGUUCUUUGCAAAUGAGAAGGGAGCAAACUUCCAUGAGGUUACGACGGACAACAAACUGCUUCGGAUAUUCCAGAAUGGAAAUGUCCUCUACAGCAUCAGGCUGACUCUUACUCUUUCCUGCCCCAUGGAUCUGAAGAACUUCCCCAUGGACAGCCAGACGUGCACCAUGCAGCUUGAAAGCUUCGGCUACACCAUGAACGAUCUGAUUUUUGAAUGGCUGGAUGUGGGGGCGGUGCAGGUGGCCGACGACCUGACGCUCCCUCAGUUUGUGUUGAAAGAGGAGAAAGGCCUUGGCUAUUGCACCAAGCACUACAACACAGGUAAAUUCACCUGCAUUGAGGUAAAAUUCUACCUGGAGCGUCAGAUGGGCUACUACCUGAUCCAGAUGUACAUCCCCAGCCUGCUCACGGUCAUCCUGUCCUGGGUGUCGUUCUGGAUCAACAUGGACGCAGCUCCAGCCAGAGUGGGACUGGGCAUCACCACAGUCCUCACCAUGACAACGCAGAGCUCCGGUUCCAGGGCCUCCCUGCCAAAGGUUUCUUAUGUGAAAGCCAUAGACAUCUGGAUGGCAGUUUGUCUUCUCUUCGUGUUUGCUGCACUCCUGGAGUAUGCAGCCGUUAAUUUUGUUUCACGCCAGCACAAGGAGUUCUUCAGAUUGAGGAGGAAGCUCAAAGAGCAGCAGCGGCAGAGAACUGAGGAGGAGCUGGCUCAGCAGGGUUUACUCUUCCAGAGUUUUGGACUCACACUGUCAACAGGAAGUGCGCCGGAAAUGGAUGCGACCCCGGUGUUUGCUGAUUUACCUCCAGGUUUAGGUUUCUAUGACAUACGCAGGCGCUUUGUGGAUCGGGCUAAAAGGAUUGACACCAUCUCCCGAGCUGUUUUCCCCAUGAGCUUCCUCAUGUUUAAUGUCCUGUACUGGCUUACCUACAAAGUUCUACGACAUGAAGACGUUCAAGCCGCGUUGUGACAUCACAACAACCGAGGGCCAUAAAGACACUGGAUACCUUUGAUUCUGCUCUGCUCACUGAAACAUUUACAGGCUCAGAGUCCUCAGCUGAGCCAUACCAGAUGUGUUGUGACAUGGAAGAGUCCA